UAAUCUACAGGCGGAACUUUCUGCAGCUCGUGUUUCCUGCUCGAGACUUUGUUGUUGCGCACACGGUGUAUUCACAUGGCAUGAAAACACAGUACGCUUCAUUGUAGUCUAUAUUUAUCCACAUUUAUUUGAUCAGUUUGAUCAUGUCAGCAUCAUUGAUCCGAAGAGGACUUGAACUGUUCAGCGAUAAAGAUGGAGUGAAGCGCAAACAGAAGAGCAGAAGCGCUCAUAAGUCCGCGCUGAUGGAGCGGAUCAGCACCGAUAAACAGGGCGUUCAGAGGCGGAUUCGGCAGCUGCAGCGACCCGGAGGAGCAGCGCGGAGCACAACCACAGUCAAAGACAAACACAUCCGAUCUGCUCUGGACGAAUACAGAAAGAAACGGAAGAGGAGUAAUUACGGAACAAAUCUGAACUAUUUCCGGUCCAAAACUAAUAAAACACAAAGCACCCACACAACAAAGAUUAUAGAGAAGAAUUCCAGUCGGCGCGCUUGUCAUCAGCCGGAUCAACCUGUCAAAAAACCGGCUGAGAAAUCCGUCUUCACUGAGGAAGAGUUCCAGAAGUUCCAGAAGGAAUAUUUCUCAAAUCUCUAAUGGACUGUUGUAUUCUGUAGUGACUGCUGUAUACAUUUUCCCAGAAUCUUCCGGAAUGAUCUCUUGACUGAAGCUGGAUUGCAGAUAUCCUAUGUUAUCCUAUGAUUUUUUUUGUAUGUGUAUUUUGAAAAACAAAGAAGUGGAAAUUAAACAGGAGACCCUCAUAAUGCUGCUCUAUUAUUACAACUGAAAGUAAAUAAUGGUAUGUAACCCUACAUAAUGUAAAUAAUGGUAACAGAAUGUUUCUCUUUCAAACCAUCAAGUGAAACUAAACUCCUGAAAUGUUUGCCCGAGAGCCCUAAUCCCAUCGACACAUUCAGUCUGUCGCGCGUCGAGAGCCUUUAGCAGAAGAAUGCAGUGUGUCUGGAUGGACGAGACCUUCUUUAUCUCAGUGGGAGUUUAGAAAGAGCUCUGAAACAGAAAACAGAAACAAAUGCACGUUUGGAAUGAAGACUCGUUUGUUUUAGAACUUAAUGUUAAGAAAUAAAGAAGCUUUACUCGUAA